GCGUCGGGGCGGCGCGAAGAUGGCGGCGGUGAUGGCGGCGCCCGAGGCCGUGGAGGCGCCGAGCUCCCUGCUGCUGCUGGUGGUGGGCGGCGAGUGCGGCCACCCGGGGCUGCUGGCCUACGUCCUGGAGGAGUUGGAACGAGGUGUUCGCUCCUGGGACGAUGUGGACCCUGCAGUCUGCAGCCUGGACGAGCAGCUCAAAGCCUUUGUGUCGCGGCACUCAGCCACCUUCUCCAGCAUUGUGAAAGGCCAGCGGAGCCUGCACCACCGUGGAGAGACCCUGGAGACACUGGUCCUGCUCAACCCCUCAGACAGGUCCCUGUGCGAUGAGCUGCGGAACCUCCUGAUGGACCCCGCUCCUUACAAACUGCUGGUACUGGCAGGGCCUUGCCUGGAGGAGACUGGGGAGCUGCUGCUGCAGACUGGGGGCUUCUCGGCCCACCACUUUCUGCAGGUGCUGGGGGACAAAGAGGUCCAGGACGCGCUGGCCUCAGCACCUGCUGCCCCUCCGGUCCUCACUCUGACCUGCCCGACCUUCGGGGACUGGGCUCGGCUGGGCCCCGCGCCCGGGCUGCAGCUGCGGCUGAACCCACCGGCACGGCUGCCGGCCUCCGAGGGCCUGCGCGUCUUCCUGGAGUAUGUGGCUGAGUCGCUAGAGCCACCAUCACCCUUCGAUCUGCUGGAGCCACCGGCCGCAGGCGGCUUCCUGCGCCUGGCGCGGCCCUGCUGCUAUGUGUUCCCGGGUGGCCUGGGCGACGCUGCCUUCUUUGCAGUCAACGGCUUCACAGUGCUGGUGAACGGCGGCUCCAACCCCAAGUCGAGCUUCUGGAAGCUGGUGCGCCACCUGGACCGCGUGGACGCUGUGCUGGUAACCCACGCGGGCGCUGACAGCCUGCCAGGCCUCAACAGCCUGCUGCGCCGCAAGCUGGCGGAGCGGGAGGCGGCCGCGGGGCCGCAGGGACAGCGGGAGGAGCGGCUGCGCCGCCUGUUGUCCCCAGCGCUGGGUGUGGUGUUCCUGAACGCACGCGAGGCGGCGUCGCGGCUGCGUGGAGGCGAGGAUGAGGCGGUGUGCGCGCGGAGCCUGCUGCGGAGCCUGGGCAUCGUGCCUCUGCCUCUGCAGCGUGGCCCGCAGCCCUCGCGCCCCACCGUGCUCUUCGAGAAGCUGGGCGUAGGCCGCCUAGAGCUGUUUGUGCUGCACCCACCGCCCGGGGACCCCGCCGCACCCGCCUGCGCCCUGCUGGUGUGGCAGCCCGCAGCGCCAGGCGACAAGGUGGUGCGUGUGCUGUUCCCGGGCCGCACACCGCCCGCGCGCCUGCUGGAUGGCCUGCAGCGCCUGCAGCACCUGCCGUGCCUGCGCCGACCCGUGGUCACUGCGCGCGAUUUGGACUCGCCUGCGAGGGCCGACAGCCAGGACAGCCUGGCCUCGCGUGACAGCGCACGCAAGGAACCGGCCCGCAGCGCUGUUGGCUGUGCACCCAGCAGGAGCACAGUGAGAAAGGAGCCUGCCCCAGCGACACAACACCCAAAGAAGGACACAAAACCUGGGCCCACACGGCCUACAGCUCGUGACACUCGCCGCUCUGGACCUGGUGUCACCAACACGAAGACCCGCACCUUACAGAAUGGGCCUCGUGCCCCGAUUUUGGCAGGGCCACCAACAACAGCCUGUGUGCCAGAGUGCCCGGGAGAAUCGGGGAACAGGGUGGAGCCUGAGCGGCCACCUGCCCCAUCCCCAACCCUGUCCCCAGCUCCAUCCCCACCACCUAAGGCACCUGGCAAUAGCCCUGAGCGCCUGUCCCUCAGCCCGCUACGGCCAGAGCCCGCCCCCGACGCCUCACCCUCGGCCACAACACCCACUGCCACGACGCCCACGCUGACUACGCCCUCUCUGCCGGCGGAGCUGGGCUCACCGCACUCAACCGAGGUGGACGAGUCGCUCUCUGUGUCCUUUGAGCAGGUGCUGCCAGCAGGCGAGUCAGGGCUUAGCCUUCCCUUACGCCUAGCGCGACGCUCCACGUCCCCACACGACGUGGAUCUGUGCCUCGUGUCACCCUGUGAGUUUGCGCACCGCAAGCCACCUCCUCCUGCCUCCCCGGGCAGCUCAGAUAGCAGUGCUCGUUCCCAGGAGCGGCCACCCGAGACACCACCCACGUCGGUGAGCGAGUCCCUUCCCACGCUGUCUGACUCUGACCCCGUGCCAGUCGCAGACUCCGACGAUGACGCUGGCAGUGAGAGUGCGGCCAGGGAUCCGCUGCCCACGCCUCGUGUGCCACCACCGCUGCCCGACGUGCCUGGCAUCUGCAUGGUGGACCCCGAGGCCCUGCCGCCCCGUGUCCGGCAGCCUCCCAACCCCACCAGCUCCAGCCGUAGUCGCAAGGCCCCUGCAAGGCCCAGCUCUGCCUCUGCCGCCUCCAAAGCUGCAACCGUAGCUGCUAAGACCAAGGGCCCUGCGGGGGACCGGGCCAGGCCACUCAGUGCCCGCAGUGAACCCGCAGACAAGCCAGGCCGUGUGCCCCUCACCAGGAAGCCCUCAGUCCCCAAGACUCUUUCCAAGACGGCCUCCUCCACGAGGCUCUCUUCGGGGCCCAGCACCCGCCCCACCCCACCCGCUGCUGGCUCCCCUGUCUACCUGGACCUGGCUUACCUGCCUGGGGGCGGUGCGGGCCACCUGGACCAGGACUUCUUCCUGCGUGUGCGCGCUCUCUGCUAUGUCAUCAGUGGGCAGGGCCAGCGCCAGGAGGAGGGCCUACGUGCUGUGCUGGACGCCCUGCUGGCUGGCAAACAGCAGUGGGACCUGGACUUGCAGGUCACCCUGAUCCCCACCUUCGACUCUGCGGCGAUGCACAGGUGGUACGAAGAGACGCAUGAGCAGCACCAGGCGCUGGGUAUCAGGGUGCUGGGCAGCGGCAGCAUGGUGUCCAUGCAGGACGAGGCCUUUCCUGCCUGCAAAGUGGAGUUCUAGCCCUGCACCGCACUGCGCCCUGGGAACAGUUCCUGCGGUGGCCUCUGUGCUCCACGCAACACCCACACACCAUGCUAGAGUGAGCCACUGUGUGACACCCCAGCUUCCAUCCCCAGCAACAGUGCCGCUGCUCUCACGCUCUGACGCCUCGUCAUGUGCAGGCCCAACUGUCCACACUCUCCAUCCCAGCACUCAGGGUGCAGAGGCAGGAGGAUAGGUGUGGGUUCCAGGCCAGCCUGGUCUACACAGUGAAUCCUUCUUUCAAAAACCACAGAGAAUAAAGCAGGUGGGCGACUCUGGUUCGGCUUCUGCUGCAGU